AUGAUGCAAAGCAAUGAAAUUGAAGUACCAAUAAAUAAUGAUUUAGAAAGGAAAAUAGCCGAUGCUUUUGAAGUAUUCGAUCACUCACAAAGCAAAAUGAUCGAUGUGCGAGAAGUAUCAACCGUUAUAAGAGGUUUAGGUUGCUGCCCGUCAGAAGCAGAAGUUCAAGAAAUUAUUGUAGGUUUAGAAGAUCCUCAAUUUCCCGGCAGUGUACACUUACAAAAAUUUCUAACGUAUGUUUCUCAAUUGAUCACCGAACAUCGAUACGAACCAGCUUCUCCUGAAGACCUUUUGGAUGCUUUUCGUACUUUAGACAGCAAAGGUGUGGGUUACUUAACAAAAGAAGAAAUUUCAACAUACAUGACUCAAUUUGGUGAACCGUUUUCUCAAGAAGAGCUCGAAGAAAUGCUUGAGAUUGCGAUCGAUCCACAAACGAAAACAGUACCAUACGAGUACUAUAUUAAUCAAUUGAUGCACAACGUAACAUAA